ACAUCCCGCCAAGAGCUGCCAGGUGGAGAACGGGAGAGUCAUCGCGUGCUUUGACUCACUGAAGAUAGAUAGAUGGAUAGAUAGAUCACUGAGUGGUCCUGUGAGUGUGGUAGCAUUCAACAAAUGUGAUCCAACUCAACAAGCAGUGGAGAACAGGACUGAAGCAGUCUCACCAUGUAUGGAAACAGCAGCGAAUGCCCUACAGCAGCCCAACCACUGGUCGUUGUUCCAGAGAGAACUGUAAGUACCUGCACCCUCCUCCUCACCUGAAGACACAGCUGGAGAUUAAUGGGCGUAACAAUCUGAUCCAGCAGAAGAACAUGGCAAUGCUCGCCCAGCAGAUGCAGCUAGCCAAUGCCAUCAUGCCAGGAAGUCAGCUUCAACCAAUGCCUAUGUUUUCGGUCACGCCAAGCCUUGCAACCAACGCCAGUGCAGCUGCUGCAGCGGCCGCCGCGGCUGCGUUUAAUCCGUACCUGGGCCCAGUGUCUCCUGGGCUGAUGCCUGCAGAGAUCCUGCCCAGCGCACCUGUGCUGAUGGCGGGCAGCCCUGCUAUGCCGUCUGCUGCCAACGCCGCAGCUGCUGCUGCUUCAGCAGCGGCCGCCCAGAAACUCCUCCGAACCGACCGACUGGAGGUGUGUCGUGAAUACCAGCGUGGCAACUGCUCUCGUGGAGAGACGGAUUGCAGGUUUGCUCACCCUGCUGACAGCACAAUGAUCGACCCCGGUGAUAACACAGUGACGGUGUGUAUGGAUUACAUAAAGGGCCGCUGCUCCAGAGACAAGUGCAAAUACUUCCACCCUCCUGCUCACCUGCAGGCCAAGAUCAAAGCGGCCCAGCACCAGGUCAAUCAGGCCACGGCCGCCGCUGCCAUGACUCAGUCGGCUGUCAAAUCACUGAAGCGACCCCUCGAAGCCACCUUUGACCUGCAGGGAAUUCCUCACAGUGUCAUGCCGCCUUUACCAAAGCGACCUGCGCUUGAGAAAGCCAACGGUGCCACGAGCAUGUUCAGUCACGGCAUGCUCCAGUACCAGCAGGCUUUGGCCAACAUGCAGUUUCAGCAGCAAGCUGCCUUUAUUCCGUCAGGCUCAAUAUUGUGCAUGACCCCUGCAGCGAGUGUGGUUCCCAUGAUGCACGGCGCUUCCCCGGCCGCUGUGUCCGCAGCAACCACAUCUGCCACAAGUAUUCCCUUCGCAUCUGCAUCAGCCAAUCAGGACUCUUCUCUAUCAAAGCUGACUACCAACGAAUACAUGCAAUUGAUUCCAAUAAUAUCUGCAGAGCAUCUGACUAGUCACAAGUACUUGACACAGAUGUAGUUCCAGUCCACAACAAUCAAAGGAAUGCGCUGUUGCCCCGGACAAAAGGCAAACAAACAAAAUAAUUUUUUUUUACGUCAAGAUCACCACCGGAUAGAAUAUAAAAUGAGGAUAAGAAUUUGGUCAUAUGUCAUAGUAGGGUUUUACCGGGGUGAAACUGAAUGUCCUUCCACAUGAUGUAUAGAAUUUGAGUGAACUACAUCAUUAUGUCCCAAAGGAUGGCAUUUUUACUCUCAAGUCGGAUUAGUAGAAAAAGUUAUUUUCAUGUCUGGCUCAACACCGUUUUGGCAUGUUAGUAGACCAAGAGAUAUUUUUUGUGAUACACACCUUGAUUUUCUUGAUUUGUCUGAAGGUUUACAAAGUUACAAAAGGUGCACCUUAAAUCGAAAAGCUAAUCGAACGUCAAAAUGGCACAAAACAUCCUGCAAAAUAAUUAAUCGUAUGUAGUUUUCUCUAUCUUUAGUUCUGGCUUCUACAACUAGAUUGUAAGCGCAGAGUCGAGAUUGACAGAUGAAUGUUUUGGGUAGAAACUGAUCACCUGAGACUUUUCAGAAGCACAUUCUUGCAAGCUUUAUGUACCAUAACCACCGGCUGAAUACCAGACACGGAUCGAGAGUGUUAUAUCAACAGUGUUAUUAUGUUUACCAGAGAUUAAUGUUUUUACAGCGCUUGUUUUUAUACAUAAUUGUUUGGCUUUUUUAUGAAAGGUGCCAUUUUUAUUUGUUGAUCAUUCUUCAUUAGGCCUUGUAGAACUAUGAAGCCUUUUUGACUCCUAUGAGAACAGGGUUGCCUUGUUCCUAAUGCCCUGUUUCUUUAUAUUGCCUUGAUCGAGAGAAUGAGAGUCACGUUAGAAAACGUCAAGGUAGCGUAGAUUCGGCAGUCGCAUGUGGAAACAGAGCGAGUGCGUUCCAGUCUUUACCGUAACGGUGUGAGGACUUUAAAAUUCAUGCUUGAGUGUUUAGUUACAGAUUGUGAGUUCGAGACUAGGUACACGGAAAGAUGAGAUUAGUGUUGGGUCAGGGUUUGUCUUCAGUUCUCAUCUGUGUUGAUUUUGAGUUGUUUUUGAAUAGUACAUGACCGCUGGAUGACGUAAAAGAGUAACGAAGAAUAUAAUGAGAUGUUUUUAACAUUAAGUUGUGCCAAAGUCUUUGUUCCUCUUUUGAUUUUUUUAUUUAAAUAUGUUUUGACUGGUUAUAUUGAUCACGGAAGUUGUGUAGCUUCGUUUUACAAACAAGGCUGCUUGUAAACCAGGAAAUAGAUGAUCAUUCAAGGUACCCAAGUUACUGGCGAGGGUUUUAGCGACACAACUAAACUCGAGAUGAAAAGAAUCUGGAUUUCAGCUUGGUUUAGGUGCACAGACUUGAAAGGAUGCACGCCAUUGCCGUUUCCUCACUUAACGCCUUAUAUUUCAGUGUUUGAACCCACACAAACAUUCUCUCAAUCACAAAUGGGAAAUUACAGCGGAUUCGAUUUUAUUCUUCACAUUUAUUUUACAUGUAUAUUAAUCAUGUUACACUUAACGUUCACUCUUUCAAAGCCUUUGUUAGAAAUAUAUUGUGUUGUUUGCAUAUAAAGAUUUUUUUUUAGAACUGUUUUAGAAUGUAGGAAAUUAAUUAUUGUUUAUCACUUUAUUUUACAUCAUGUUAAAUUCAUAAUGUUUAGCUAGUAGUGUUGUAUUCUUUAUUCAUGUUAGCUUUCAUUGUAGAAUGUUUGAAAUUUCAAGGAAUUUGGUUUUGAAUUUAUUGAACAAAAUGUUUUAUCUUGUCUUAAAAAAAAAAAGUAAAGUGACAGAAAGAGAGAUUAUUUGUAACUACGGUAAGGUUGAUAUUUUAACCCUUUAUUUUGUGUCGAAUUAAGACCACAUCUACACUUAGCUGGUUAAAGUAUCAAUUGUAUAUGCUCGAGUAAAAGAAGUUAUUUUCUACUGUAUGCAUUUCAGAAUUAAAAAAAAAUCGUCUUGUAAUAUUUAAAAAAAAAAAAAAAAAAAAAAAACAGAUCCCUCAAUGUCAGGCCAUAAUUUGCAGCAACUUUGCUCCAGAUAUUUCUGAAUAUUUAAAAAUGUAAAACAAAGGAGGGAGGUCACAGGGUCGGGCCUCGAGCUGCAAACGAGAGAGAGAGCCAUAACUCAAGGGACGAAGGUUGACUUUUUGCACUUCUGUACAUAGUCAAUAUAAAGAAAAGAAAAGGAACAUGUAUAAUAUUGAGAUCUUAUUUUGAAUAAUAAAAGAUUCUAUAACUAUGAGAAAUUUUCUUAGGAUAAUUUAAGAAUCAGAGUAAUAUUCCAGCUAACAAAUGAUGCUUGCAGAAAUAUGGCACAGCUCUUAUAUUAUCAUUUCCGGCCAUCACGUUCAUAAAAAAUAAAAUAAAAAUAAACCUCUGCGUUGCCUGCAUACAGUACUAUACCGACACGACCGAGAGUCAAAAAUUGGCAGUACAUAACAAAAAGAUACUACACCUUCAAAAACACAGUAUUUGUCGUAUGAUGGACAUAAAUAACUGCAUGAAGAAGAAAAAUUUACAGAGUAAAAAAUUCUCAUAAUAGAUAAGUACGUAGAUAAGUUACCAUAACUAUCAUUGCCACAGCAUUGUGUAAAUCAAGUACCUCGAUCGAUAUCUGAGCCUGAAUUGAGGCACGUUCACUGAUAAUCCAUUCGAGUAUAACCGUAAGAACAGUACAAUUAUUAAAAAGGCCUUCAAACCGACUCUAGAUGCUAGCAAAAGACGUCCACUUAACACAACAACAGUUGCUUUGUUACUUGUUAACGUGCCUUCAGCAGGGAAAGGACACCAACCACACACAAA